AAGCUUGCGAACAAGCUACCACGAGGUGUCAGUCUGAGCUGCUCUGCGCUCUCUGGUGAAGCCGCCGUUGCCCACAGUCAUCAUGGCGCUGCCAGCUCUUCACUUUUCGCUCAGAGUGCCGUUCCCUUGCCACAGGGAGGCACGGAUUGCUCAUGAUACUUUGUGCCCAGAUGCAGAGCCCAGGAAGGGAGGUGUAAGCAAGACACUGACUGUUGCAGACAACAUCCUUCAAGUGCACUGGCAAGCAGAUGAAGCACGUAUACUACGUGUGUCCGUCAGCUCCUUUCUUGAACAUCUUUCACUUGUGAUACAGACAAUGGACAGAUUUGGCCCUCCUGCAGAGGAUUCCUGACAACUUCCACAACUAUCACUGUCUUAUAUCUUCCUCUGUGCAGAUUCACUGGAUCUUUUGCAUUCAAGCUAGGUUUUUCUUCUAAUUAUGGUCAUGCGAACCAUUGAAUGUUAUCAGCGAUGUUUACCCUUGCAAGUUAUCAAUUCUAUGCUGGCAAAACUUCAUAGAUAGGAGUCAUAGAAUUACUCCUGCUGUCAACCUUUUUGGCCAUUCCUGCUUAAUAGACUAUUCACUUACUGAUUGGUCUCUUAUUCUGAUUUUCAAGAGUGUAAAUCGCAAUUAGAAAAAAAAGAAAAAGACAAACUUUAAUCUGGAUCCAUUCACCAUCUUGAGAUUGAAACUUGAAAUGAUAUCCUCCACUUUCUCACAGAGAACUUUAAGUGGGACUUCUCCAUUGUUGGUAAUCAGCAUUGGGGUAAAAUCAGUGCCCCGUUAUAUUUCUAGUGUUUAAAUAUAUAUUGUUUAUAUAUUACAAGUGCCGCUGUUUUCAAUCAA